AUGGCCAGCGAACUCGAACUCGAAGAACAAUUCGAUACCCUAGACCCUCUCCGGCAUCUCAGAAACGGCGGCGAGCUCGGCCUCGUGCCCGCCCAGCCACCCUCGAUACACAACGAGGAUCUCCAGCUUGCCUUCCCCUCUGCAGGCGGCCGUGUCCCCAACCCUGUUUCAAUCCGCCUCCUCACCGACGCCUCGCCAGGCUGUGGCGGCAUAACAUGGCUCGCAGGAGAGAUUCUCUCCGCGUACGUGUGCAGGCGAGGUUCCUUGAAAGGCAAGAACGUGCUAGAGCUCGGAAGCGGGACAGGGCUGGUCGGGUUGGUUACAGGAGUACUUGGUGCCCAGGUCUGGAUAACGGACCAAGCACCCUUGCUCGGAAUCAUGGCGCACAAUGUCGAGAUAAACAACCUCUCACAUCGCGUGUCCGUCAUGGAGCUUAACUGGGGAGAAUCACUUCCAUCGGAUCUGCCUCGCUUCGACAUCAUACUAGCUGCUGACUGCGUCUACUUUGAGCCGGCCUUUCCGUUACUUGUGCAAACUUUGGACAAGCUUGCCGCGCGCGGUGAUCCCGAAAUCCUCUUUUGCUACAAGAAGCGAAGAAAGGCGGACAAGAGAUUCUUCACCAUGCUCAAGAAGAAGUUUAACUGGACAGAGGUGGACGAUGAUCCUAACAAGGAGCAAUACAAUCGGGAUGCGGUGUCUCUGUUCCGGCCUGCAAUUGAGAUCUCGAUUGCUUCUUGUCAUAAAUGA